GCUCAGGACAAAGUAGAAUUCAUACUUAUUGCUUUCAUCGCCAAAGGACCCCCAAAAAGAACAUUGAAUCUCUAGUUUAAUCUGACUAUCGAUUUCUCGCGUUUUCAAUUCCCUUUGUUUGCUUCAUUCAACACGUCGAUUGAGAUUCGGGGAGAAGGCUAGAGCAAUGAUGAUCCUCGGGAUCGAUCUCGGCUGCCUCUUCGAGUCCCUCCGGGACGGCGAAAUCCCCGACAAGGACUGCCUGCUGCCGCUGAUGUCUAAGGUCCUCGGCUACUGCAUCGUCGCUGCCUCCACCACCGUCAAAGUCCCCCAGAUUAUGAAAAUUUUGAAGCAUAAGAGUGUGAGAGGGCUGAGUACUCUGGCAUUCGAACUCGAGGUGGUAGGCUACACCAUUGCUCUGGCUUAUUGUCUUCAUAAGGGGCUUCCUUUUUCUGCUUACGGUGAAUUGGCGUUUCUUCUUAUUCAAGCUAUAAUUUUGGUUGCAAUAAUAUACUAUUACUCUCAACUAUCUGUGGGAAUGAUGACCUGGAUCAGGGCACUUCUAUAUUGUGCUGUUGCACCGACUGUUUUAGCUGGUAACAUCAGCCCUGUACUCUUUGAAGCUUUAUAUGCAUCCCAGCAUGCAGUAUUCUUCUGCGCGAGAGUUCCGCAAAUAUGGCAAAACUUCAAGAACAAGAGUACAGGGGAGCUCAGCUUCUUGACGUCACUGAUGAAUUUUGCUGGUUCCAUGGUGAGAGUUUUCACCAGCUUACAGGAAAAGGCACCAACAAGUGUUGUUAUGGGUUCGGUCAUUGGUAUCUUCACAAAUGGCACGAUUCUGACUCAAAUACUUGUGUAUGGGAAUCCACAAGAAAAGGAGGAGAAGAAGAAGAACUAGAAAAGACCGACUCUGUUGGAUUUUUCAACGCAGAAAGGAGGUUGUCAUAACCACUUUGAGAGAUUCAUAGUGUUUUUUUUGUAUCUGCUUGGAUCAGAUUUUUCUGUUCUUUUGAAAAUUGGCAUGAUUAUAAUUAGGAAAUUGUGAUAGGCCUACUAGGGAAGAUUAUGAAGCAAGAAACUUAUACUUCUCUUCCUUUUCAGAAUUUUAUGUACUCCUUUUACCCAUUUAAUCUCAGUUGUUUAUAUAUCUUGUACUUCAUUUUA